UUCAUCUACUACUUCUUUCUUUCUUAGAGAUUAUAGAGAGAGAUGGUGAAAUUCUCGAAAGAGCUGGAAGCUCAGCUAAUUCCCGAAUGGAAAGAAGCCUUCGUGAAUUACUGGCAGCUGAAGAAGAACAUUAAGAAGAUCAAGCUCUGCAGAAAUCCUCCCCAAAUCAAAGAAAAGCACGAUUUCGGAUUCUGCGUACUCGAUCCGAUCCGAUACACCGGGUCGAAGAUUGUCAGCAGAUUCCGCAGCGACGAAGAUAGGCAUGAGAUCAUCCAGGUGAGAAGAGAGAGAGGAGACGAGGACGAACUGUACAGAACGCAUCUCAUCCACUCAUCUUCGGAAAGCAACGAGGUAAAGGAGUUUUUCGAGAGAUUAGACGAGGAGCUGAACAAGGUAAAUCACUUCUACACGACGAAAGAGCGCGAAUUUCUCGAGAGAGGAGAAAUUCUCGACAAGCAGCUCCAAAUUCUCCUCGACCUGAAGCAAAUCCUCCACGAUCGUCGCCGGAAAAGCUUCACGUGCCCGCGUUCGAAUUCCUCCUCUGUCAGGGGCUCUGAUGAUUCCGAGAGCGUGACGGAAUCGGUCGAGCCGCUUUCGGACAGCUCGCCGGCCAACGACGUGAUCGUGGCCCUUGAGAGGAACGGCUUGAAUUUCAUAGGAUCGGGACGGCCGAAGGGGAAGAAAGGUAAGCCGAAGACGAUGGCGAUGAGGAUCGACAUUCCGGCGACGACGCCGACUCGGGUGAUCACGGCCGUUACGUCGAUGCUGUGGGAAGAUCUGGUGAAUGAUCCGAAGAAAGAUAAUUCGGGCGAUUUCAUCAAUAGGAAGAAGAUCCAACGCGCUGAGAAGAUGAUCAGGGGGGCUUUUGUGGAGCUCUACAGAGGGCUCGGGCUACUGAAAACUUACAGCUCCUUGAAUAUGGUUGCUUUCACAAAGAUACUGAAGAAGUUUGACAAGGUAUCUAACCAACAAGCUUCUGGAACAUACUUGAAAGCAGUGAAGAAAUCCCAUUUCAUAAGUUCCGAUAAGGUGGUUAGGCUCGCUGACGAAGUGGAAACCAGAUUCACAACCCACUUUGCGAACAGCGACAGGAAAAAGGCAAUGAAGUACCUGCGGCCUCAACAGCACAGAGCCUCUCAUAUGGUCACCUUCCUAGUCGGGCUGUUUACGGGUUGCUUUGUCACGUUAUUCAGUGUAUAUGCCAUCUUGGCUCACUUGGCUGGCAUGUUCUCGGCCACAACAGAAGCAGGUUACAUUGAAACCGUUUACCCUGUUUUCAGCAUGUUUGUACUGCUUAGCCUGCAUAUAUUUUUGUAUGGGUGCAACCUCUUCAUGUGGAGGAGCACCAGAAUCAACUACAACUUCAUCUUUGAGUUCUCUCCAAGUACAGCCCUGAAAUACAGAGAUGUCUUCUUGAUCUGCACCUCCUUUAUGACCAUGGUUGUGGGGGCCAUGGUAAUCCACCUCUUGUUAAGAUCCAGUGGAUUCGCACCACGUCAUGUCGACGCAAUACCAGGGGUUCUCAUACUGUUGUUCACGUUCUUGCUCAUCUGCCCUUUCAAUGUGUUCUAUCGCUCAAGCCGCUACUGCUUCUUACGGGUGAUACGCAACAUCAUAUGCUCACCACUUUACAAGGUAUGGAUGGUAGACUUUUUCAUGGCUGACCAGCUAACUAGCCAGAUUCCAUUGCUGAGGCAUAUGGAGUUCACAGCCUGCUACUUCAUUGCAGGACACUUCAAAACACACCAAUAUCAAACCUGCACCAGUAGCAAGCUUUACAAGGAGCUCGCUUAUGUCAUCUCAUUUCUGCCUUACUAUUGGCGAGCUAUGCAGUGUGCAAGGAGAUGGUUUGAUGAAGGCGACAUCAACCAUGUAGCCAACUUGGGAAAGUAUGUUUCGGCCAUGCUUGCAGCGGGUGUCCGGCUGACAUAUGCCAUGCAACCAACUCCACUGUGGCUAGCCCUCGUCAUAGUCACCUCCUCAAUUGCAACCGUCUAUCAGUUGUAUUGGGACUUUGUCAAGGAUUGGGGGCUUCUCAACCCAAAAUCCAAGAACCCAUGGCUUAGAGAUGAGCUAAUUCUAAAGCACAACAGCAUCUACUAUGCCUCCAUUGCUUUGAAUUUCCUCCUAAGACUCGCAUGGGUCGAGACUGUGAUGCACCUCAAUGUUGGGAGGGUUGAGUACCGGCUGCUUGAUUUCUUUUUGGCUUCAUUGGAGAUAAUCCGACGUGGCCAUUGGAAUUUUUACAGGCUGGAGAAUGAACACCUAAACAAUGUAGGCAAGUUCAGGGCAGUAAAGACAGUGCCAUUACCGUUUCGUGAGACGGACGCAGAUGACUAAGUCGUAGCUUCAGCAAGUAUAAUAAGAGGAUUUGGACGAUGAAGAAGCUGAACUUCCGCUGUACUUAGUAGGAGACAAAUGCUUCCAUGUGGACUACUUCCCACUAACAGUGCAUAAGCACUCUCAUAUUUAAUCUAGGAUCUGGUUGGAAAGCCACAAGGUUCCUAGCAUGUAGUGAAGAACAGGUGUGCUUUAUGAGAGCGGGUCUCAUUUGUACAGUUGGGAAUUUCUGAUCUGAAGUGAAAUUGGAUCCGAAGAAGAGAAGUUCUCUUUCUGUGUUCGGAAACUUGCCAGAAUUUGAGUUUUCAACACAUGUUAGUGAGAAUUGGAAAUGU